UCUCUCUUGAAGAGAGCUGUUAUAUUUGUGCUUGCUAGAGUUGGAAAUAACAGUUAAGAAGCUGAAAAGAGUUGCAUGGAUUUACAGGGUUUUUUUUUUUCAAGUAAAUUCAGGGAAACACACAAAUUUGAUUAGUACAUGCUUUAGAAUUACUUUACAUUAAGGCAAUUCAAAAGAUGUUAAAGUUAUCACCAGGCUGCUGGACAAAAAUAUGUUACAUCACCAAGGUGCAGAUCAAGACGAAUCUUUGAUUCAGGACUUUAUUUUGGAAAGAGCGCAAGGUGUACGAAGACAAAAUAACAAGGGAAGAUAACUCGGGGAACUACAGUGUACCAGAAGAUCAACUCUUGCUAAUACAGCUCCCCACUAAAGACCGGGUUAUCUAAAGUUUAUAUAGGAAUGCCUAGGUCAGCUGACAAAGUUCUGUUCUUCUGCUCCAUAAAUGCAGAAAAAACGAUAACAACAGUGGAAAAUUGGAAGUCUGAAUUUCAGCUUUCUUAGAAAUAACUGCAACCUGACACAUUCCAUAAUAUUUAAACAGGGAGGGGGGAAUCACCGAAAAUGUUGUGUUUAGAGAUGACAUUGACCUGAAAAAUAGGUAAAUUUUAUUUUUCAGCCAUUGGGAAAGCAGACCUCAUAGGAGCUCACCACAAGUAGGACAAAGAUUUUUGCCUUUUUUUUUUUUCUUUCAAGGAUGAACCGAACUGUGCUCAAAGCUUUUGUGGGCUUGCUCUGGAAUUGCUGGGUUCUGCUGGGUCACGCACAGGGAGGUUUAGGAGACAAUCAUGUCCAUUCAAGUUUUAUUUACAGGAGGCUGCGGAACCAUGAGAGAAGGGAGAUCCAGAGAGAGAUUCUCUCUAUCCUGGGUUUACCUCACAGACCCAGACCCUUUUCACCAGGAAAGCAGGCUUCUUCUGCACCCCUCUUCAUGCUGGACCUGUACAAUGCCAUGACAAAUGAAGAGGAUACUGAGGAGAUGGAGUAUUCACUAAGGGGAUCAUUGGGAGGUGAGAGCAGAGGGAUAAGAAAAGGAUACCCUGCAUCUCCAAAUGGAUAUUCUCGGAGAAUACAAUUGUCUCGCAUGACCCCCAUGACCACACAGAGUCCUCCUUUAGCCAGCCUACACGAUACCAACUUUCUGAAUGAUGCUGACAUGGUCAUGAGCUUUGUCAAUUUAGUUGAAAGAGACAAGGACUUUUCUCAUCAGCGAAGGCAUUACAAAGAAUUUCGGUUUGACCUGACUCAAAUCCCACAUGGAGAAGCAGUGACAGCAGCUGAAUUCCGGAUUUACAAGGACCCAAGCAGCAGUCGGUUUGAGAAUGAAACCAUUCAGAUUAGCAUAUAUCAGAUCAUCAAGGAAUACCCAAACAGGGAUGCAGACCUGUUCCUGUUAGACACAAGAAAGGCUCAAGCUCUGGAUGUGGGCUGGCUUGUAUUUGAUAUCACUGUGACCAGCAAUCACUGGGUGAUUAACCCACAGAACAAUUUAGGUUUGCAACUCUGCGCUGAAACUGGAGAUGGUCGCAGUAUCAAUGUUAAAUCAGCUGGUCUGAUAGGAAGACAUGGGCCUCAAUCAAAGCAGCCAUUCAUGGUUGCAUUCUUCAAGGCGAGUGAAGUGCUGUUUCGAUCUGUCCGAGCAGCCAACAAUAAAAAGAAAAAUCAGAAUCGCAACAAAUCUGGUAGCCAUCAAGAUUCUUCCAGGAUGCCCAGUGCUGGGGAUUAUAACACAAGUGAACAAAAACAAGCCUGUAAAAAACAUGAACUUUAUGUGAGCUUCCGUGACUUGGGAUGGCAGGAUUGGAUUAUUGCUCCAGAGGGUUAUGCGGCCUUUUACUGUGAUGGAGAAUGUUCUUUUCCACUCAAUGCCCACAUGAAUGCUACCAACCAUGCCAUUGUUCAGACUUUGGUUCAUCUUAUGUUUCCUGAUCAUGUACCCAAGCCAUGCUGUGCACCUACAAAACUGAAUGCAAUCUCAGUGCUUUACUUUGAUGAUAGUUCUAAUGUUAUUUUGAAAAAAUACAGAAAUAUGGUGGUUCGUUCAUGUGGCUGCCACUAGAAUGGAAAAAAAAAUCAAAACCAGAGUUUAUUCAGACUUAUAAGUCAGGAUACCAUCCUUGCUGCUGAAAAGCCAGCCCUAAACUUAUUCAAUUUCAUGUCAUCUCUCAUUUAAAUGUACAGUUUAAUGUAUAUAGUAGCUUUUAUUUAUUUAAAGGUAUAUAGUUUCUUUUGUAUGAGCAAAAUUUCAAAACAGUUUAUUUUAUGAGUCACCUUACUUAUGUAGUAGAACUUCCAAAGCAUAUUUUCAAUUGAUCAUGCUGGGAUCUAUUUCAUUCCAUUGCAAUGUUUUAAGGGAAAACCUUUGUAUAGUGUUUUUUUUUUAAGUUAGAAACUCCAGAACUCUUGUGACUGUUUUAUAUUGUUAAAGGAAAUGGAAUACAUUUGAUUAAGUUGUGCCAAUGAAAACUAUGGUGGGAUAUUUAUUUAGAAGAGUCACAGAGAAAAAAGAAACCUAAAUAGAAUGCUUGACUAAACAUAAUUUUUAUUAUAGAAGUUCUGCUCUAUUAGAUAAAGUGAAAUGUUGAACAGUGUUUGAAUAAACAAAUGGUAGAUAGAACAUAGGAACUGGAAGACUGCAUAUAAUUGUUAUAACUAUUUUCUUUAACAAAAUCAGUGUAAAUGGAGGAGCAUGUUACUUCUUGGCUUGCAGGUUGUAGAUUUUGCAAAAGGCUCAAAGCUUCAGGAGUUCUGUAGAUAGCCUUUAUCUAUAACUUUCCAAGUCAACAGUAGAAAAAGCUGAGGUAUAAUCUUCUUACCUCAAAGACAUCAUGUUGACCUAUUAUAUGUAACAUAACAGAUAUUUUUUUACUUAACAAUGGCACAAAAUAAAGAAACACGUGAGUCACCCUACGAUACAGGUAAGAGUCACUGUAUGUGAAAGGAGAAUAGUCAUGAAAGAAUUGGUUCUUUUUAGCUCUCCUUUCUUGCUGAGUUUGCUAAUUUGGUACCCUGAGAGGCAUUUAGAAAGAUAGAAAAUAUACUGAUGUCCUGCAUCAGCUGAGGCCAAAAACGUAUCCGUUCAUCAAGGCUAGCAACUGACAUUACACAUAAACUGGUUUAAGUGAUCAGAAACUGGUUUAAACCUGUAGCAGAACAAAUGUUUAGUGCACAUAAACCAGUUUGAAAAUGGCUGAAACUGGUUUGAGAUAAACCUGGUUGAAUGUAGAAUCAGACGUAACCGAUUUGGCUCAAACACUGGUUUAUGCAAUGUCUGUCCCAAACCCGUUGCUGGUUUAAGUUAAAUCAGAGACCCCCAGCAUCCUGUCUCGCUCUCUGGGCUUGGUGGGGCUCUCUGCUCCACAGCAGAGCUGGCCCCUCCCCUCUGCUCCCUGGCUGGAGCUCCGGCAGAGACUUGCAGGCACAGCAACGUCUGCCUGGCUUCCUUCUGCUCUCCCCCUCCCCUCACCACUCUCUGCUAAGCAGGGAUCCCCUGUCCCCUCUGCCUUACACAAACACCUCAGCAUUAGCUAGCAGGCCACAUGCUGGCUACAGUCCAUGCUGUGGCAGACAGCAGUGUCAGCUUAGGGCUUUUUGGAGUUAAUAAACAGCUCAGCUGGUAAUGUCCCUCCCUUCCUUUGUUUAAGAAGAACUUGAAAUAAUGAUAGAGGCUGUUUAUUUUCUGAUGGGGUGAUAAAUGCUGGUAACAGAGCUUAUAAAGGCUGUGUUAUCAAGGCAGGGCACUCUCCCUAAUCCUGCUGAGGCCUGGCCUCAGCUCAGCUCUGUGAAGGGAAGGGAAGGCUGCUGUAGUGCCCCCUCAGCUUCUAGCCUGAGCCACUGCAGGCAUGUGCCUGCAUGUCUGGGUUGUCUGUGAAAUUACAAAGUGAUUUAGCCUGGCCAGAUAGGUAAACUGACCUGCAAAGAUUAAAUCAAUUCAGGCUCAGGCUUUUUGAAUGUCUGUCUCCCUAGCCUUAGUAAUUUAUCUUUGCUAAUGGCCUCAGAUGUUUCAUAGGAAGUUGAAUGAAGCCCCUGUUGCCAUUUGGCCAUUGUGGGUAAUUUUUCUUCCUGGUAUGAUUUCUAAUACAGUAGACCCCUGAUUUACGCAAGUAUUGCAUUCCGGGGGAAUUUCUUGUAAGUCAAAUUCAUGUAAGUUGGAACAACUUUCCCAUAGGAAAUAAUAAAAUAGUGAGGGGUUGCAUACCCCAGACAUACCUUAGUCAUAGCAUUUUUUUCCCCUUUUCUCAGCAGAAUUGCCUUUAGGAGGCGCAUCUAGCAUCUCACCUAUGCAUCUUGAGAUGCCGCUACCACAAUGGCAGCACAAUGGCGGCACAGCUCUGCUUGAUUCCACCUGCAAAUCUUACAAGGCGUUUGCAUAUAUAUGUAUGUAUAUAUGCAAACCUUGUGCAUGUUGAGGGGCAUUUUUCAAUCCAGACCCUAAUAAAAAAUCAUGGAAAUAUGAGACACGCGUAAGUCGGAAUCGCGUAAAUCGGGGGUCUACUGUAGUUAGAGAGUAGUUUAAAACCCAAAGGUAUGAGAUUUAACAGGUGUUUCUAAUUUGUUUAGAAUUAACUAUCAUAGCUGGUAUAUUCUUACUACUUAUAUAAAUAUGAAGUCCAUUUUUGAAUCUUGCUUACUUUUUGCCUGCAACAUCCUGUACCAGUUUCACAAUUACACAUUGUAUGAUUUUUUUUCCAUUUAUAGUUUUUGAAAUUACCACCUUUUAAUUUUAUUAAUGUGUCCUUUUUUAGUGUUAUAAGGACAAUAGAAGCUACUAAUCUGCCUUCUUGACACCAUUCAUUAUUUUAUAGGCUUUAUCAUGAAUCAGCUCAAUAGAAAAACUGCUAUAUUAAAGAAGUUCUUAAAGCGUUAUUUAAAUUACUAAGAAACAUCCAGUUCAUACCAUAUUAUGUCUGUUCAAGUAAAUCCAGUUUUGCUGUGGUUAUUUAAUGCAUAGUCCACAGAACAAGUGAUUAUGUGUGUACAUGUGUGUGUGUGCAUUUUUGUUUUUUGUCUUCCUGCCUUUCUUUCUUUCUUUCUUUCUUUCUUUCCACAAAUUAAUUUAUUUUAUCUUCCUGUUGGAAAAUUCCCUUAAGUUUUUUGUUAAAUGUCCAUUUACUUUUUGAAAAACUAAAAGGUUUUUUUAUUCAGAUAUUUCCUCAAAUCAUUACACUUCAAUUAUUAUUUUAUACUUAAUUUGCUUCUAUACCUAUGCCUAAUUGCAAUGUACAUAUAAUAAUGUAUAUUCAUGAAAUUUCUGCAGUAAAUUACUGUUUGGGCCAUUAGAUAAUUGCACUUAAAUUGCAUAAGUAAUUCCUUCAAAAAAGUUUUGGGUUUGUUUAUGGAUGAGGUAGAUGAUUAUGUUGUUUUAAAUCCAAUUUAUUCUAAAUAGAAUUUGAUGGAAACUGAAUUUUGGGUACAUUAAGUAAUAUAUUUUGAAUAAUGGUGUACCAUUUUAAGAACAAGAAACUGAAGAUUAUAUUAUUCUUUAAAAUUUGAUGUUGGAAUAUAUUUCUAUAUUUGAAGAUAUAAUAAACUUGUAAUACUAGUUUAUUAUCUCAUGGUUUUUGAUUCUGAGCCACAGAGUAAUAGAAUAUCAAAUUUGUGUUUUUAUAAAGCCAGAAAGAAAAAGAAUGUGACAAUGUGGAUAGCCUAUGCUGUAUUUCACAUCUUUUAUUAGAGACAUUUGUUGCACAAUUAUUAUAUUAUAUUCUCUUCAUUACUUUAUUUUUCUUUUUAUUACUUUAAAGGCAUAAUAUUUAGCAGAACCAUAUACAGUGUAUAUUCAGGUUAUACAACUCUCUAUUAACUAUUAAAACUUGGGUCAGAAAAAGGAAGGAUGAAACAAAAUGUUCCAGAAAUUUCUUAAAAUACUUCAGUGUCUUGCAGAGAAGGAACAGUUGACAAACAAUAUUUUCAUGUGUGCCAAAAAAAGUAUACACGGCCCUUUGGGUUUUAAAACACCUUCUUCCUAUAAUAGCUAAUAUAAAACUUUUCACAUUUCUGUAAGUUUUAAAGAUAUUUAUGUAACAUUUUUUGUAAAAAAAUUACUAAAAUUAUUCUAUUCCUAUUUGGGAUUCAGAAGGGAGCUUUAUCAUGUUUUAAUAAGCUGAAGCUUUCUUCAUCUUUACAGACUAGGGUUCAGGAGGGAAAGGGGAUCUGUCAGCACUGGCUAUCCAGUAUCUCAAAGAUCUAAACACAAAAAGAGUAAAAAGUACUAUAUUUCUACCAGAUUAAUUUCUUUUUUAUCAGUCAGAUCCUCUUUAUAUUAAUCAUAAAGCUAAAAUCACAUACAGGUAAUAAUACAACUGUAUGCAUAAUUAAGGGACUUCAGUUUAUUUCUAGAAGACCUGUACUUUUAUUUCUUAGCUGCAUUCACCCUGUGUAAAUUGAGGUUACAUUCCAGUGUUGCACCAUUCUGUAAAAAUCAAAUCCAUAUAAAACAGAAUAUUGACUGAAAACAAGAGCUACAUAAUGAUACAUUAAUAAAUGGAUGUUGAGAUGGAUGACACCAACCAAUAUGAUAUUUUUUCAGCCUCUUUACUGCACGUCUAGCAGUAAAUACUAUUCCUGAAGAAGACUGGUUAUCUAAUCAUGUCCUCAAAAUAAUUGUUUCUGCAGUUGCCUCUUUGGAUGCUGCAGUUGAUUUCCCAUCUUUAGCCUGUGUUUGCUGUACCUCCUGUACUUUACUAUUAGUUCUUAGGUAGGCGCUGUCCAUGUGCAAACUCUGUCAAAUAGCUAAAAUAUCUAUAAGACACUGUGUUCUUUGGCUUUGCUUGAAUGUCUUUUUUUUUCUUUUGCAGAAUUGUCCCAUAUAGUGGCUAUAUAAGGUACAUUAUUUAAUAACUUUUAUAAAACCCCCAAACAAAUUUGGGGGUCAUGUUAAGUGCUGUAUAACUAUAUCAUACAAUGGCAAUCCCUAGUUCCUCCCAAAUUAUGCUACACUGGUGCUAACAUACAAUUGCUACUUUUGUAGGCUGUUAGCUGCAUUUUAUUUGUAAUCUAACAUGUCUAACUUGAAGUAGGUCUAAUUGUGGUAUACGCUGUCAAUAUUUCUUGUAUUCUUUUUCCUGGCACCUAAUUCUUGGAAUACUAACUUAGGUCAAUAAGUUUUGAUGCAGACAAAGAUGAUUUUAGUUUUUUACCCAUAAGUCUCUGUGCCGAUGAUCCCAAUAACAUGUUUUUAAACAUUCAUCCUGAAUAGUCAUUCAUUCUAAAUAUGAUUCCCCUGAAGCCAGAGCCAUUUAAAUGUAGUUUUUUUUCCAAUCUGUAGUGACUUUUCUGCUCUCACAUUCAACUGUGCAUAGUAAAAAAAUUGUCAAGUGGUGCUUACAAAUGAGCCAUUUGAGAAUUACAAAUAGCAUCUGUUACUGGCUCCUCUGCAGUCACAUGACCUGCAAAUUGUGAUAAAUCAUGUGUUAUUUCCUACUCAACAUCUCAUGCAAGAGUUUCAUUUAAAAUAUAAGAGUAUUAAGACAUAUUCUUCCCAUUUUAAAUAACAUAGGUCAGCAUCAGCCUAGGGCCAAAGGUAAUUAGGAAUGCCAUGUGAAUUGGAUAGUUGUUUUGAUUCUCUUUCUUGUCUUAUUAGAGAUUAUGCAGUUCGAUAAUUUGGAUGACAGCACGUAUUCCUAGCCAACUAGACACUUUGAGCUCUAUUUCUCCACUUUUUAAUAAUCAGGUAGGCUUAAUAAUUGUAAUUCUUACCUAAUGCUUUACCUCUGCAGAUCUCAGAAUGCUUUAUGAAAAUGUUAUCUCAAUUUUAUGGAUAAGAAAAAACAGAUCUUGAGAGGUAAAGUAAUGUGCCAUGUGUUAACUUGCAAGCCUCUGGCAAUCUAAAGAAUAAGACGAUGUCUCCUGUCCAAGUUUAGGGCUGUAUUCAUUAAGCAAAAUAACCCCGUAUUUAUAUAUGCAUUUCAAGCUCCUCUUUCUGCAGCUUCUAAGACUUAUUAAUUAUAGGCACACUUAAAACUUAUCUAGACAAGCAUUUCAUGCUUCCUGUUCAAUUUUUAAAAAUCUAGGAUCACUCUCACUCCUGCUUUUUCCUCAUGUUUGACAGAAAGCUUAAUAGUGAAUUAAGGAAACCUGUGAGAGGGGAUCUUGGGGACAGAUGUUGGCUGGAGGUUGUAUGUCGGCACAUUUCCUAUGGAACUCCUUCAGUAGAGAAUGAAAGUGAAGCUGGGCUGAAGCAGCUGUGAAGUCUUAGGGGCUCUGCACAGUGUAUCUUGCUCUUCUGUGAAAACAAACUGAUCCUGAGCCUGAGGAGAACUGUUGAUUGGUCUGCUGAGGUGCAAAUGCUCCAAGGAGAAAACAGAGGGGAUCCUAGUGCUGUCUUCUAUGCCUUUGACCUGACCUCUUUAUGGUAAUGGCAAAUGUGGUCCCAGAAAUGAGGAGUUUUGCUACUGAAUUUCACAGAGAUUGAAAACGGAACAAGAUCAGAUAGAGAAACAUAGUAUUUAUAUUGAAAUACAAAACACUGAUCCACUUCAAUAGCUUCCAGAUAUUAAUAUCUGCUACCUUUAUCAACAGUGCCCACAUCAUAUAUAUAUACACAGGAAAACACAUUUCUUUCUUUUGGGCCAACUACAUUUCUAUCAAUUUAAUUCAUUUUAAAAAUCAGUUGUUCUCCUUUAACCUCUGAAAGUGCUUUUCUUCCUAGCCUUCUCUGUGUUUUAUCUGUUUUAUUAUUCAGACCUAACAACUCCCGCAGGAAAUGCUCUUGCCUAGACUGUGUUUCAGAAACAGAAGAAAGACAGGGCCUGCCAAGUCAGUUACUUGUUUAAGUAGGAUGUUCAGCUUAAAUAAGUCUGUUUUCUUACUUUUCCUUUUCCCUUUGGACAUAUUUGGGAAGCAUCUUGGUUCAUCAUCUAUGUAUAAGAUCUUCAGGGUAAAAAUUACAACAAAAUGCAAGCCAUUCCAGGAUCUGAAUGAUACUAAAGCUUUUAGCAACCAGAAGAAAAUAAGAAAGUGAAUGGAUGGCAUCUUCAUACAAACAACCUGGAAAUACAGAAUCAUAGCACAGCAUAGAUUACACGCAGCAUCUUAAUUAAAACAAUAAGAUUCCUAGUUUUGGACUAAGUUUUGAAUUCAGUUUUGCCUUGUCACUGAAACCAUUCACAAUUUAUUCAUUAUAGUUGAAGAGAAGUAUCAUUAUUAAUCUAAUAAACAGAACAAAAUUAAAAGGAUUGUUAAUAGAUAAAGCAUCAAAGUAUUGCAUUACUUUGGAUGGAAAGCGUCUGGCUGCAAAGCCACAGAAAGUCCAUCAAUGUCCAUGAUGGUAUUCCUGAUUUAUUUUAAAAUAACUGAGAUAAGAAUUUGGUCUACAACAUUUCUGGAGUAUGUUUCUUCUUCAGUUUGCAUUCCCAAAAGCAAAGUGCUUGUCUUAUUUGGGGGUGUGUGGGAUGCAAGGAAAUACAGUACUUCCUUUCUGAUGUUGGGUAAAUCACUUUGUGCAUCCAGUGCACUCAACUUCUCAAAGGUUUUUCGCUACAAGGUAGGCACCUAAAUAUCUGUGAGGUUGAGGGCCCUGUUUUUCUGUUUGUAAAAUGAUAACAAGACACUUGAAUAUGAUAGCAAUGGGCGAUAUAAGUGUACCUAGAAAAAUUGCAUAAGUAAAGCAUAGCCUAUACAUAGUUUCAUAGUAGUUAGGGUCAGAAGGGACCUGAUCAGAUCAUCUAGCCUGACCCCUGCCACAGGCAGGAAUGAAUGCUAGGUUCACAAGACCCCAGACAGGUGAUCAUCCAACCUCCUCUUGAAUUUGCCCAAGGUAGGGGCGAGGACCACUUCCCUGGGAAGUUGGUUCCAGAUUUUGACCACCCUAACUGUAAAAAAUUGCCUUCUGAUCUCCAACCUAAACCUAUUCUCCAUCAGCAUAUUACCAUUGUUCCUUGUCACCCCAGGUGGUGCUGGGGAGAAAAGGGCUCUACCUAUUUGCUGUUGAUCUCCCCUGAUGAGUUUGUAGGCAGCCACCAGGUCCCCCCUCAGCCUCCUCUUGCUGAGGCUGAACAGGUUCAGGUCCCUCAGUCUCUCCUCAUAGGGCCUGUCCUGCUGCCCUCUCACCAACCAGGUGACCCUCCUCUGAACCCUUUCCAGGCUGGCCACAUCCCACUUGAAGUGCGGUGCCCAGUACUGGAUGCAGUACUCCAAUUGCGGCCUGACCAAUGUCGCAUAGAAGGGGAGUAUCACCUCUCUGGACUGACUUGAGAUGCACCUUUGGAUGCAUGACAAGGUAAGGCUGGCCUGGCUGGCUGCGGUCUGGCAUUGGCGGCUCAUGUUCAUCUUGGGGUCAAUAAUGACUCCAAAAUCCCUUUCCGCCUCUGUGGUUUCAAGAAGGGAACUCCCCAGCCUGUAUGUAUGCUGUGGAUUCCUUCUCCCAAGGUGCAGCACCCUGCAUUUGUCUACAUAAUUUUUAAAAUUUCACCAUUAGAAAAUUGCACCUUAAACGCAUCUAAGAGUUUCUUUCUGAAUCUUAUUUCCUUCUUUUUACAUAUAUAUCUAAUUCUGUUAAUUUUGUAACAUCCAAACCAACUCCUUUCCCUUGCGGUUCUUAUGCCGCAAGUACUGGGUGACAUUUGUGCCCAAAGAUGUAUUUGGUCAAGCUUAUACAUAUCUGUUUCUCUUAACCAAUCCUUAUGAGUUUGUUUUUUCAGCCUCUGAAUUAAAUAUGCUUCUGUUUACUGAACGCUCUGCACAUUAUCAGAAUCUUUCUUGAAGAGACUUGCCCAGUGUCCCAGGGGCAACGGGGUUAGAGGGAAACCCCGGCCCAGAGCCAGAGGAAACGCUCACUUAUGCUUUGCAGGAGGUGAGAGCUGUAGCGGCGUGCAGGCCGGGAAACCACCCGCAAGGCUUGUUAGUCACGCUUUCAUACAGCUGGAGCGGAGUGACGUCAGAGAGAGGCGCCGCUUGACAGAAAUAAAAUGCAGCCCCAAAGGCAGAGGGGGUGCGCUGCAGGAGGAUGCGAGGCCCGUAGGGAAGCCCGAGACCGGAACUGGGCACCUGCAUGGGGUCUUUGCCUUGGACCGCAUAGGCUGCAGCAGCGCCGGGAGUGGCGGAGGCUGGGAGAGCCGCGGCCACGAGGAAGAGCGGCGAAAUUGACGAUAGAGCCAGCAGAGGCACCGAGGAGGAACCCGGAGAGAGGGCCAGCUUGAACCACCGGAGAGGUAGCCGGGGAAGAGCCAGCAGGAACUCUGGUGAGGGAACCGGGGAAGAGCCGGCAGGAACCACUGGUGAGGGAACCAGGGAAGAGCCGGCAGAGACGCUGGUGAGGGCAUCGGGAAAGAAGCCCGCAGGGGCGAGAGGGCCCAGGACACGCAGUCCUCGGGCCAGGGACAAGGAGCAGAAGUUCCGCGACCGAAGGUGGCAUUGGCCAGGGUGUAGGGGAGGUCGGAGCCCCGUGAGAACCCACCCAGGGGCAUUUUGGCACUGGAGGCCGCAGAGAGGGGGGCCCCCCUGCUGUGGGCCCAGCUGAGACCUCAGUCGGCGAGUUCUGGGGAUCUGCCACAGGCUCCCGGGGCACACUCCGGGGACCUUCCAGUGAGGCCGGGGCAGAUCCAGUUAGCCGCCUGUGCAAGAGUUGCCCGAGAACGCCUUCUUGAGCAGAGACGGGCACACCCAGAAUUGAAUAUAAUACCCCACUUGACUUAUUACUACCAUUUACCUUGUGUCAUCAUUAGCAUCAGUGAAAUCUUUAUGCAGAUGUAAAAUUGUCACAAACUGAUUUUUUCCCUUACAAGACAUGUAGCUAAAUAAUGAUGCAGAGAGCUACAUUAACUUCAUAGCACUACUUUUACAAAUAACCAGAUAGUGUGAUUGCUCUAUCAGUGCGCUUAUUCAGAGUCAACAGAAGCAAAGUCACCUCUCCUUCCAUAAUUCAGUCUUUAACCCAUUUAAUUUCCUCUUAAGAUUUUCACAUUUAGAGGUCAGUCCAUCAGGUUUCCAAAGGUUUUAAGAAUAUGGUUGUGAAAAAUGCAGGCAUGCCUAUAUGAUUACAUGACUUCUACUUCUGCACAGAUGUUCAGAGGAAGAAAAUUAGACAGGCCUGUAGGCAAAUUGAGGGAAAGAAGAUGAUGAAGGCAGAAAUGAUAUAAGAAACUUUUUUGGCACAAAGAGAGCUAUACAUGGAGAACAGAGGUGCAGAGAUAGCCACAGAUGGCUUUAUCUCUUGGUUUGGUUUCUGGCUAUCUAAAACCCAUUUGUUUUGUCUCUUUUCCUGUAAUUAGUUUACUCAGAGCAUCCCAAGGAAUAAAAUGCCUUAAGGAGGAACAUGGGUGGCCUGAAUAAUAUUUUCUUUUAAAUUCUUCAGUCUGCUAAGUCGCUCUGGAUGCCUGCUAUGGUGAACAGGGAUUUAUUUUCCAUGUAUGUAUGCAGGUAUUUAUAGCAUGUUCAUCAACAUGGUAUCUGAACACUUAAAAGAAGGUGCAAAGUAGUGCUAUUCAUUUGUUCCAACUGCUCCUCUCUAUACUACACUGACACUUUACCAAAUCAAACCUUUACUUUGUUGAACACAGUUUCUUCUCUGCUUCCAGACCCUUUCACUUUUCUGUUCCUGACUUGUAUAUAUUUGUCCAUUGAUGCUUGUGUCUCCAUGCUUCCUUUACGUCGGGGGUGGCUAACCUAUAGCACCUGUACCACAAGAAGCAUGGGCAAUCUCUGUAUGUGGCAUAUGACAGUUCAGGGAGGGGACAGGCUGCACAGUGGCAGGUAAGGCAGGAAGCAGAAAGCAGAGCAGCAGAUCAGACAAAGAGAGGGAACUGGAGUGGCACUUAGAGAGGGGGCAGGGCUAAUUUGUGGCAUGCCUGCCAAAAAGGUUGGCCCCCACUGCUCUAUGUCAUCAAUAAUAUCAGGCUUGUCUACCUGUUCCUUAUUUUCUCAUACAAAUGUCUCUGAAGUGUUGUCUCUGUUGUUCUUGAACUCAGCCAUACAGGCCUCUCUCUUCAGGACCUCAUUAAAGGGGUUCCAGCAUUAACCUGGAAAUGUAGUGUUCAAAUAUAUGCAAGUGAAAAAUAUAACAAAAAAAAUUAUCCUCAUUUCUUUCAUCCUACCUUUACCUGUCGCAAUAAAAACCUUUAUACUACACUGGUAGUAUCUAUUGUUCUAGAACAGCUUACCAAAAAAUGCUUCAGAAUUUUUUUACUGUAUUUGCUAUAGCUGGAUUAAAUAGAAAUAUUGCAAAUCUCAUCUCUUCAGUCCUUCACUGGCCCUUUCUACAAAAUAUACUAUGGGGGUGUUUCUGGGGUACUGUACAUAUUACUCUGAGAAGUUGCUUAUUUUAGGGUAUCUCUCUUUUUAUCUGUUUUAUUUCUGUGUAUUAUUUGCAUUCAGGCAUAGUGUAAAUGUGUCUGUUGGAGCAGAAGAUAGCAUAUCUUCGAAAGUCUAUAACUAAUAUGUGAACAACAGUUGUUCAUACAAAGAAGUUGAGUUCAAUUAAUUGGUAUAGGCAUUUAGUUAUCCCUCAGAUAAAGAAAUGCCCCUGGAUUCUGUGGUUUGUAUUUGUAUCUCUGAGUUAGUUAGAAGACACACGUAGGCAGGUAAAUUCAUACGUAACUAUAAAUCUGAGCCCAGCUUCUUCUUGGUAGUGUAUAGAAUAUAGUGAGCAUAAUACACUUUCUCUUUGUAAAAUAUACAUACAGCUGUAGAGACUUUAAACUGGAUAAAUUACAUUAAUCUAUGGGGUGGCUGAGCAAAGGUGUACUAGACACAUGCAUCUACAUCACAAUCCACGUUUGUCAAGAUGUUGGUUACAAAGGACCAACUCACAGGAUCAUCAUAAAAUUUUAGUUUAUUAGAUGGAUGCAAAAGUCAGAUUAUAAACCUUGGGGCUGAUCUCCUGAAACACACACACAUUCACACACACUCACAGUAGCUAGCUAUGGACAGUAAGCACCGGUGUCAAGAUAUACCUAUCCCCAAGCACUGGAAUCUGCCGUCAAUGGCCAGUUGGGGCUUCUUUCAGUGCGAUAUUGCUACAGAAGUGGGUCGCUGGCUGGUUCUUCUGGCUGGGCAGGCAGGGUGCUGGUCAGGUCAAAGAGGGCACCAUUGGGGGUCAUUCUUCACUGCCUUUUAUCCCUCUCUGGCAGACUUUGGUGACUCCCCAAUUUUCAGGCUUACCCAAUCCAGGGGUUAUUGACCUUGUGGGACACCCCCCUUGCUGGUUGCUGGAUGGAAGCUGUCAGCCCCAGGGGUCGUGUCUGCAGGUACACACAGUCUUGGGAGUCCAUUGAUGAAGUUUGAUUAAUUCACUGCUGUGAUGAAUAGGGCUCUGGGGGCAGUUGAUUGAGGGGGGGGGGAGGGUAUUUAGUCCCAAGAGUCGGUCUUUGGCAUUGAUUAGUUCAAACUGGGGCUUCUGUACCUUCAACAGUGAAGUUUCAGGGAGUUGCUGAUUCUGUAUUGAUCCUUUCCUCUCCUUAGUGUGUGGUUUCAUAGGUGUUAAUUGCCACUCAUUAAUUUGUUAUCCUGUCUAGCUACUAUGUUAUGCAAUCAAUCAAGAUUCAUUCAGGGACCCACCCGCUCCAUACAGAGAAGCUGUGGUUUGAUUCCUGCCCCUGCUAACAUUGUUACAUGGUACAACUUACUUUUAAACUUAAAGUACAUUUGUUACAAAGUUAAAAAGCAUAGAAUAUAAAACAUAAAAAGGUGAAAUACCAUGGCACAUACAACAAAUAGACCAAAUACAAUGCGGGGGGGACAUACUGAUGCAGAAUACUAUUUAAUACCCAUAAAAGCAUCUACAACUUAUAUUUUAUUAAAAGUACAACUUAUUUUCUAUAAAAAAUAAUAAUAAUGUAAUAAAAGAAGAAGAGGGAGGAAGGAAGAAAAGGUAGAAAAGAGAAAUCAUCCCCAAAAGGGGGAAAAUACUGCAAAAGGGGCUUUUUGCCAAAUGGAGGGGCUUCACAUUGGAGGCGGGGCAGGCAAAAAAAGGGUUUCUUACUACAAGGACAGAUGUGUAAAGAUGGCAAAAGUUGCAGGCCUGUUAGUUCUGUAGCUCAUGAAAAUCCACUAGCAUUGGGAAACAGCUUUUUAGAUCACUGUAAUUUAUAGCCCUUGUCCUCUUCUUUGAGAGAGAGCUUUUAUAAGUGAAUGGUUACAUGAUAGAAGAAUUCACCUGUCACCCCUGUUUCUACUCUGCCUUGCAUGUGCUUUUCUAAUUUGGCUGCUAAUUGGAAUCUUGUGGAAAUACCACAAAAUAGGGUAGCAUGAUACUUCUUUUCCUGUCUUUCUAGCUGGGUCCUAAAAUCCUCCAAGGAUGGAGCUUCCACCACAUCUCUGGGUCACCUGUUCAUGUUUUACUACCCUCCUAGUGAGAAAAUUCUUCCUAAUAUCUAACCUAAACUUCCCUUGCUGCAACUUGAGACUGUUGCUCCUUGUUCUGUUAUCUCUCACCACUGAGAACAGUCUAGCUCCAUCUUAUUUCAAAACCCCCUUCACAUAGUCAAAGGCUGCUAUUACAUCCCCUCUGUCUUCUCUUCUAUAGACUAAAUAAGCUUAGUACCCUCAGUCUUUCCCCAUAAGUCAUGUGCCCUAGCCCCCUCACCAUUUUUGUUACCCUCCACUGGACUCUCUCCAUGUUGUCCACAUCUUUUCUAUAGUGAGGGACCCAAAACUGAAUACAGUACUCUAGGUGUGGCCUCACCAGUGCUCUUUAGAGGAGAAUAAUCACUUCCAUUAACCUACUGGGAACACACCUUCAAAUGCAGCCCAGGAUGCCAUUAGCCUUCUUGGCAACAAGGGCACACUGCUGGCUCAUAUUCAGCUUAUUUUUCACUGUAACCCUCAAGUCCUUUUCUGCAGAGCUGCUGCCCAGCCAGUCAUCCCCCAGCCUGUACUGGCACAUGACUUUGUUCUGUCUUAAGUGCAGGACUUUGCACAUGUCCUUGUUGAACCUCAUGAGAUUUCUUUUGGCCCAAACCUCCAAUUUAUCUAAGUCACUCUGAAUCCUAGCCGUAUACUCCAGUGCAUCUACAAUUCCCCCUGAGCUUGGUGUCAUCUGUAAACUUUCUGAGGGUACCCUCUAUGAGGUCUUCCAGGUCAUUGAUGAAGACAUUGAACAAAACUGGCCCCAGCACCGACCCCUGCAGCACUCCACUUGAUACUGGCUGCCAACUAGACAUUGAGGCAUUGAUUACUACUUUCUGAGCCUGAUGCUCCAGCCAGUUUUUAUCCAUCUUACUGUGUGUCCACUGGUCUCUCCACAUCCACAGAACCUUGUCAUAGAAAGCAAUCAAGUUGGUCAGGCAUGAAUUGUCUCUGGUGAAUCUAUGCCGACUGUUCCUAAUCACUUUUUCUACCCCAAGUGCUCUGAAAUGGAUUCCUUGAGGAUCUGCUCCAUGAUUUUUUCCAGGGACUAAGGUGAGGCUGACUGGUCUGUAGUUCUCUGGAUCCUCCUUCUUCCCUUUCCUAAAUAUGGGCACUAUGUUUGCCCUUUUCCAUCCAUUUCCAAUCAUGUCCAGCUUCAUACUGGAGCUCUGAGCAAUCAUAUGGCUUUUUUACAUAAAGUGCAACUUCUCCUCCUCUUCUCCCCUGCCUGUCCUUCCUGAACAGUUUGUACUCAUCCAUGACAGUGCUCCAGUCAUGCGAGCUAUCCCACCAAGUCGCUGUUAUUCCAAUCACAUCAUAGUGCCAUGACUGUGCAAGGACUUCCAAUUAUUCCUGCUUGUUUCCCAAGCUAUGUGCAUUUGUGUACAGGCACCUGAGGUAACUAGUUGAUUACCCUGAUUUUUCAAGAAGUGUGCCCCCCUGUUGUCCCCUCCUGUUUGCUCUUCCUCCAGGUCUUCCACUUUUCCACUUACGUCAGGGCUUUAGUCUCCAUCCCCCAGUGAACUGAGUUUAAAGCCCUCCUCACUAGGUUAGCAAGCCCAUCUGCAAAGAUGCUCCUCCCUCUCUUCAUCAGGUGGAUUCUAUCUCUUCACAGAAAUCCUUCUUCUUGGAAGAACAUCUCAUGGUUAAAGAAGCCAAAUUUCUCCUGCACAGCCAGGUAUUGAUCUGUAGGAUGCUCCUGCUCGAGCCCUUUCCCUUGACUGGAAGGAUAGAUGAGAACACAACCUGAGCCUCAGGCUCCCUCACCCUUGCACCCAGAGCCUUGUGGUCACUCUUGUUAUGCUCAUCGUCUUCCCUGGCAGUAUCAUUGGUGCCCAUAUGGAUGAGCAGCAUGGGGUAGUACUCAGAAGGCCAGAUAAGUCUUAAUAGUCCCUCUGUGACAUCUUGGAUCCAAGCUCUUGGAAAACCUCCCAAGACAACAGGUCAGGUCAGUGGAUGGACACUUUCAUCCCCUACAGAAGGGAGUCUCCAAUCACCACCACCCAUUGCUUCUUCUUGGUGGCAGUUAUCUUGAUCCUUUCCACUCUGGUGAGGCCUGGCCUGUCUUCCUCCACCAAUGGAAUGUGCUCCUCCCUUUCUGCUGCUAGGGCUGCAUAUCUGUUCUCCAGAUGAAUGAUUGCAGGUAAACAUGAAGAUCAAUGCUUGCUGCCAGAAGUUAUAAGCGUCCAGCUUCCACCCUCUUGGGUGUCCAUGUCCUCUCUCUUCUCUAGCACUAUAUCUGGCAUUUCUUCCUCCAUAGUCCCAGAGGUCUCCUCCAGCAUUGAAUCAAUGAAUGCCUCAUGACACAGGAUGCUUCAGAGCCUCGCCACCUUCUCCUGUAUUUCUCUUGCCUGUUCCUGGAGAAACACCGCCAAGAGGCACCACUCACACUUCAAGCACUCCCUGACCUGGCCAUCACUGGAAGGAACCCACAACCCACAGUUCCCACAGUGCCAAACCUGGAUUUGGAUGGAAACUUCAAUGGUAAGCAGUCCUGCCUGGACAGAAGCCUCACAGUUGCAAGCAGUGGCUCUGGCAUUGUUAUGUUUUCCAGCCAUUUCCUGGGUCUCUUAAUCUGCCUUCUCUCUCUUACUGAUAAGGUAAAGGUACAUUUUUAUACUGCAUUUUUAAAGAAGAAAUUCACAGAUUCACACAGAUGGGUGGUCUGAUGGAUUAGCUUUUACUAGCUAAUACCAUUUAGCCACAUGUCCCUGUUUGCAGCCAAUCCCAUCUAAGAAGGUAUUCACUUUGGAGGAUACAGAAACCCUUAGCAGACAUUUAAGAACAUCUGCUCAAUAUAACUAGUUACCAAUACAUAGUUUCAUUAUGCACCUUUAUUCAUCAUCUCAGUUGCGUUUCCCUUGAUUCUGGAUCUAGCCUUUUGGUUUGUUUUCUACUGAACGCUGUUCAUUGCCUGACAUGGUGUGCUACGCCUACCACUUGUAGAAACUUCUGGCAUGUAUGUAACUACUUCAACUAGUACAGAUAUUAUAAAGAGAAAAACUGUUUCUUUUCUGAAAAAUGGGUUUGUCUUCCAUGGAAAUUCUAGCUGAGUACACACAUCUUAUAUCAUACUGCAGUUGGUUUUAGAUGAACCAGUGGAAGUUUAUUCAUAGCAAUGGUUGAAUAUUAGGAGCCAUUUUUAAAGGACAGUAAGCACAAUAAAUUUUUACAUGUCAUUAUGUGGUUCAUAAUCACAUUUUCGAAAAGUAUUUAGAGACUUAGGGCUAGAUCACAAAUGAUUUAAGUGCCUCCCAACUGCCACCAAAGUACCUUGUUCCAAAUUUGCGUCUUUAAACUACUUAACUCCUGCCUAACCUUAGAGAUAUGUAAAGUCUCCAGGUUUUAUAGUUGUAACAAUAAACUUAUUCUGCUAAUAGGUUGAGAAGUGCCCAUAUGUCAUGGGUAUUGAGCAACUACCAACACAGCUCAUGUAUAAGCCCUGUUAGGAUCUGCAAACUAAGCAUUCCUCCAUUCAGUUUACUUAUGGAACUCAAAACAGAGGGUGUUCUCAGAGCCAGCAAGGUAAGAUCUCACACAAAAGGUAGGAGGAGGGCCUGGUGCUGCCUCCCCACUUUGCCAAUAGCCAGAGGCAGAUCCAGAAUGGGUGCAGUGGCAUGAGUACCUCCACUGCUGCUUUCAGCUGAUGCUGCAGGAACAGCUACCAGGCAUUUUUUUAAGUCCCUGAAUUGGAUGAGAAUUCCUCCUCCCUCUCUUCCCCUCUGUGCUUAGCGGCAUGAUCCCUUCUCUCCCUUCCCCUGCCCGUAGCUGUUGCUGUCACUCAUGGCCCCAGGGAUGGGACACAGGAGGCUCCAGAGCCACUCCUAUGCACUCCAAUUGGGUUCUGUGGGGAGCCUGGCUCAGUUGGUGAGAGCAGCAGGCAGUUUCUCAUCUUUAGUCCCCUGCUCGGUGUUCCCAGGGAGCAGGCACAGUAGAAAGGAUACCAAUCUCCUGCCACCUCUACUGCCACUGCCACUUUCAACUGCCACUGUCAGUGCCUCAGCCUGACUCCACAUACAGUCCAGCUGGAGCAGGGAAGGAGUAGCUUGGGAGCCUCCCUCCUCACCACUGCCCCUGGGUCAAUUAGUGACAGCAGAAACAGGGGCAGUGGCUAGUGGGAGAGUGGGAAAAUCAUACUGUUGCUGAGUGUGGAGGUGAAGGAAGGGGGAGGGUGGAAACUGGGAGCAGGGGUGUAGAUACUCCUGUGGUUCUGGUUGCUGCUCCCACACCCCCUUUUCAAAAUCCUGGAUCCACCCAUAACAAUAGCCCAGUGGUUAGAGUACUGUCAUAAGAUAUGGGAGUUUCAUAAAUUUUAUAGAUACUAGGGCUGGAAGGGACCUUGGAAGAUCAUUGAGUCCAGGCCCUUGCCCCAGGGGCAGGAAGUCAGCAGGGAUCAUAGGUUACCAGCAAGAUAAACAUCCAGAUAUCUUUUGAAGGCGUUCAAAGUAGGUGCUUGAGCCACCUCUGGCAGCAGUCUAUUCCAGACCUUGGGGGCUUGGACAGUAAAGAAGUUCUUCCUUAUGUCCAGCCUGAAACAGUCAUGGAGGAGUUUGUGACCAUUCGACCUUGUCAUCCCUUGGGGUGCUCUGGUGAACUUGGUAAGCACCCCUGAUAAACUUACAGGUGGCAACCAGAUCAUCCCUGAGCCUGCGCUUUUCCAGGCUGAAGAGUCCCAUGGCUCUCAGCCUCUCUUUAUAAAGUCUGUUUUUAUGACCUCUGAUCAUGUGCAUGGCUCUCCUCUGCACCCUCUCAAGCUUCUCCACAUCCUUUUUGAAUUGUGGAGCCCAAAACUGGACACAGUACUCCAGCUGCGGCCUCACCAAGGCCGAGUACAAUGGGAGAAUGAUGUCCUGGGAUUUGCUUGAGAAGCAUCUGUGGAUGCAAGCAAGCAUUCUGUUUGCUUUACUAGCAGCAGUAUCACAUUGAAGGCUCAUGUUCAUCUUGUGGUCAAUCAUGACCCCCAAGUCCCUUUCAUCUGUAGUGCUAGCUAGAGUAGUACUGCUGAGCCUAUAAAGAUGCUGCAGGUUUUUCCUCCCAAGGUGGAGAACCUUGCAUUUUUUGGUGUUAAACACCAUCAGGUUCUUGUCCGCCCAUUUCCUGAGCGUGUCAAGGUCAGCCUGGAUCACCCGCCUGUCCUCAGAUGUGGGUGCUUUAUCCCAGAGUUUGGUGUCAUCAGCGAACUUGGGCAGUCCACUCCUGAUACCAAAGUCCACAUCUUUAAUGAAGAUGUCAAAUAGUAAGGACAGCACCUUGGUCACAGGGCACCAUGAGGAUUGACUUCCGUCAACCACCAUCCUCUGAGUCCUACCACGGAGGCAAUUCCCCAGCUAGUGGAUCGUGCUGAGGCCAAGGCCAGAGUUAGCCAGUUUUGCUAAGAAGUGAUCAUGGGAUACCAGAUCAAAGGCUUUUUUAAAGUCAGAAUAUACAACAUCAAUCUCUUCUCCCUUGUCUCGCUGAUAGGUAACCUGGUCGUAAAAGGAAAUAAGAUUGGUCAAGCAAGACCUACCCACAACAAACCCAUGCUGGCUAUCCCUCAGGAUGUUGCCAUCAGCUAGUCUGUUAAGAAUUGACUCUAUGGAUCAGAGAAAAAAACAUAAGCAUGUGUGUGUUUGUGUGUUUGCAAGUGGUGGUGAAGAGAAAGAGGUUCCCUAGUUGUUAUAGAAUUCAUGUGGUUAUAAAAAAAAAUGAGAACAUCAUGUAGAGAUGUAGUACUGUACGUAAAAUGUAUGACAUGUUCCUCCUUCUCUGCUGAGCCCUAGUGAGGCCACAGAUGGAUUAUUGUAUACAACUUAAGGCACUUUACUUCAAGAAAGAUGAGAAACAAUUGGAGUGAAUCCAGAAGAAAGCAACAGCUAUGAUCAAAGGUCUAGAAAACAUGACCUAUAAAGAAAGAUUGAAAAAGUAGAUUUGUUUAGUCUAGAGGAGGAAAAAAACUUAAGGGAGAUGUGAUAACAGUCUUCAAAUAUGUAAAAGGUUUCUGUAAAGAGGAGGUAAUAAAUUGUUUUCCGUGUUUCCUAUGGAUAAGACAAAAGUAAUGGGUUUAAACUGCUGCAAGGAAAAUUCAGGUUACUCACUAGGAAAAAAGAAAACCUUUCUAACUGUAAAGAUAGUUACACACUGGGAUAGAUUACCUGGGGAGCAGUAGAGUCUACAACCUGUAGAGUCUUAAAAAGAAGUUAGACAAACAUCUGUCAGGAAUGGUCUAGGUAUAAGUGAGUAUUCUAACCACUGGGGUAUUAGGUAAAAGGGGGCUGCCAGCUACUCUGUUGCUACUUCCUGCUGUCAUUACCAUGCUUUGUAUGAAAUGUCUGACUUAAAUCAAUUUCAGGAAGGUUUCCAUGGCUGUCAAUCCCAACAGGGGGAAAUUAAAAUUAAGAUACUUAGUGCUAGAUCCAAGUUACCCACGGAGAGGACUCUCCCUUCCAGUCUCUGCUCCCAGGACUCUUUAUGCAUUUUACAUUAGACAGUUAUUGGAUAAGAAACAGAAAUACACAGGCAGCAGUGCCCAUAACCCAGGAUUCUCUCCUUUGAGAGAAAUUCUCUUUUUUAUUUGGCUAUAGUCACACUCUCUGCUUGCUGUUCUUCUGGUCCUGUGGAUCUUGCACUCUUGGUUGAAGAGAGAGUAGAACCUUCUAGUUUAGUGGUUCCCAACCUUUUCUUGCCAUGACCCACUGCUGGGAGCAGAGUACGGCAGUGGGGGCGGGGGAGUUCCCAGCAUGCAGUGAGGAUCAUCCUUUGUGUGCAGCACCGCCAGCAUUGCUCUCGCGACCCUCAUUUGGGUCAUGACCAGAGGUUGGGAACUGCUGUUCUAGUUAGAGCAUACUUCUGGGAAACUGAAGAUUUGGAAAAAAUGUAAGAUAUCUAACAUUUGUUGUCAUAAGGUACUAGUAAGGCCUCAUACUUAUAUAAUUCUUACUAGUGUAACUCUGAAUAUUAUUAUCCAUAUGAAAUUAUCCUUAUUUGAAAUCUGUCAGUUUUUUUAUCUAGUGGCAAUGAUUUCCACAGGUUAGUUAUGAAAAAGUAUACCUUUUAUCAGUUCUAGCUUUUUUACCUUUUCAUUGCAUGCCCUCUUGUUUUUUGUAUUUUAAAGAGGUAAAAAGGAAUUCCUUGUUCACCUUAUUUAUACUAUUAAGUAAUUUAUAUACUUUUAUACUGUUCCUUCUCCACAGAAAGUAACAGAAUCCAAUCAACCGCAAGAGAAGGCUGAGAGGUGACCUUGUGGUUGCCUAUAAAUUCAUCAUGGGGGCGCAGAAGGGAAUUGGUGAGGCUCUACUCACCAAGGCACCCCUGGGGAUCACAAGAAAUUAUGGCCAUAAGCUAGCAGAUAGCAGAUUUAGACUGGAUAUUAGGAGGAACUUCUUCACAGUUCGAGUGGCCAAGGUCUGGAACGGGCUCCCAAGGGAGGUGGUGCUCUCCCCUACCCUGGGGGUCUUCAAGAGGAGGUUAGAUGGGCAUCUGAACCCAGCACUCUUUCCUGCCUAUGCAGGGGGUCGGACUCGAUGAUCUUUUGAGGUCCCUUCCAACCCUAACAUCAAUGAAUCUAUGAAUUUCUUUGAUUCUGUCUUCUAAAAAAUCUUCAAGAAAAUGAACAAAUAUUGUAUUUCUCAGUGACAAAUAAAGCAAAGGGACCAAAAUACAAUUUUCCAUAAAUAGGAUAAUAAAGCAACAUUUUGGAGGUAAAAUGUAACAAAAAAGUGCUUAUUCUCUUGAAAGACAGAUGACAAAAAUCCUUUCCUCAGUUAAUAACUGCUAGAAUAUUAUGUAAUUAAUAACUGUAAAAUACCAGGGUUUUUUAGUUGUCUACACAAAUUGUAUUUUUCCCCUUAGUACAUUUCUGUAAUUACAGCCAUUUGCUUAAAUACUUCAGAGUUCUUAAAAAAUUGUAUAAAGGUAUUCCACUAUAUGUUUCCAAAAGUUGCACAUUUCUGUCUUAGACUACAUCAUCUCUUGCUGCAGAUGAAGAUAAUAACAUUAACCUUGGGAGUUCAUUUUCUACUUGUGCAACUAGUUCAGUUUGCACAGCUGGAAGACUUCUUUUUUUGUCUUCAGACUCUUUCCAGCUCUGAUUUGUUAUUGUUUGAAAUUCUGAGGAUGUUUUACACACAUUUACAGUGUACAACAUUUGGACACUGAUAAACGAAUGACAAGUAUGAUAUAAAGACUAGUAGAAGACUCUUUACGGUCUGUUCAGGGAGAAAUGCACAUCUGUCUCCAGCUGUGAAGCUAUUUAGGAUUGAAAUGACUAGUAUUGGGUUGGGAAGAGAUGGUAAUUAUUUUUGUCGUUGAUGUGAAGAUCAAAGGUUAUUCUCAGGAAGUAAGGACAGAGAAUUUACUAUUUAGAAGGAAAGAUUUAUACAGGACAUAAUUUGCUACAUGGUUUACACAUUAACCUGGUGCUAAUGCAUGUAGGUGACAGGGGAAAUAUAAACAGUCUUGAUAUAAGAUUAAUUAUAAUUGGUGAAAAGAAAAUUAAUCUACUGGUCUCAAAUCUCAUACGAGUUAGCAGAAUCUCCCACAGACACUACAUGCUAAUAUCAUGCUUUGAAAAGAAGCUGCUCAAUAGUAGACUUUUUGCUUACAACACAAAUCAUUUGUUCCUCUUGUCCUUUUCUUUUAAUAAUGAAACUACUACAUUCAGUGAUGGACUAAUAUUGCUCACAGAUUUCCUCGUAUAAAAAUGUAUCCUGAGGGUUUGUUGUAUUUAUAGACUCAAGUUAAAAAAUACAGUAGUAGCAGUUUAUUAAUGACUUUUCAUAAUUGAAUGUACCAUGACCUCAUGGUCAGUAGAUGAGAUGUAAUGUUUACUUCUCCACGGUUUCCUGAUGCCAGGCCAGAAUUCCAUAAAGCAAUUUUCUCAUGUUUCCAGUUCCUUAGUUAGGCAUACAAAUAAAACUAAUUUUCUCCUCUAAAAGAUCCUUCAGUGUAAAAUACAAACACACAAGUUGUGUGAUCAGAGAAGAAGAAACUAAAUAAACCAGGUGGUAAGAAAUGGUGAUGUAUCUGUGAGCAUGCCACUUUAACUGAGAUACUAUUGUGAUGUGAAAACCCUCUAUUUUUUCAAUAAUGUUGACAAACACAUAAUAACUCUUCUGUUUUAAAAACCUACUUAAGUAUAUAUUUGUAGGUGCUGUAAAUAAAUAGGAUCUUAUUUCUCUUGAUAGGGCCCUAUGCUGCUCUCAUUUACUCUAGUUUAAAUCUGGAAUACAUGUGAGGUUUGAAUAAAGUCCUAAGCAAGCAGAAGAUGUAAGAAGACUGUUGUUCCUAGUUUACAUGCCUCUAUAUUAUUUUGGGGGCAGGAAGGAAGAAGAAGUAGGGAAGGGGUCGCAAAAGAAGAAAGGGUCUAGAAAAGUCAGUAAAUGCAGCUCAUUUGAAGACAUAUAUUAUAGUUACUUGUUUCUAUGCAAAGAGUACAAGUGUGCAUUUAGGUGAGUUCUAAGUGACUAUCUGAAGCUUGAGGAACAAUAUAAAGUGCUGCUGGUUGCUAGCUCCCUACCAGCCUGAUUUUGUUUUCAUUUUCAUACUUUAAAAAUAAUGCAUGUAGGGACCUGGGGUGUAUCCUUCUUAGAUAGUUAUGUAUUAUUGAAUUAUUAUGUUGGACUUUUCUGGGUGCUCAAAGAAAGUGGGAUAUGGAUAGAUUGCUCAGAUAUAUCCUAAAUUUCCCUUUCACAAGGGAAGGUCAAUAAGAUAGUUGUGGACAGGUAGCAAUUGGGGCAGCAGCCCUGAAUACCACCUUUCUGGGAGGUGGAGUGGGGAAGGACAUAAAAAAGCCACCUCUCUAGUUGCUACUCAGGGUGUGUUCCCAUGAAUGUACACGUGUGGUUUGCAGCUCCUCAGAUGUGUCUGUAGCACUGUAAACUGUAUGCCCUGCACAUGCAGGCAUUCUCUGGACUACUGAUUUGCAGCGUAGUGGGUUUUUUGACCCCAGGAGAUCCCAGUGUCAAAAAAAACGGUGCCAGAAAAAAGUGGUGCACUUGGUGGCAGCGUGUGCCUCCCAAAACCAGAGCGCGGUCAGCCAGAGCCAUGCUCCAGUUGUCAGUCAGGCUCUGUGAGACCAAUUUGCUAGCCUAGAUAAGGCUGCUGGGGACAGCCCAAGUGCUGGCCCCAGCCUCCCCUACUCUACCCAGGGUAACUUUCUGCAUGCCAAAGCACACAUGCAGAGGCAUUCCCUGGGGACAGCCAGCAGAGGCACAAAUAUACCAAUGCUGCCCCAUGUGGACCUGCUUCCUGAAGCACAGCUCUUUUGUGUUACACCUCUGAGGAAGGGAGUUCUACACAUAGAGGUUUCAACCGUGAGUGUAGACCUAUGGUGCAUAAGCCAGCCUCUGGUGGCUUUAUCCCAUACAGAGCACAAUAAGGUUAGCAACAUUCAUGGAUCUACCACCCCAGAAUUUUGUGCAUCUAGAAUUGUGUGGUAACCAUAAUACCUCUAACUUUUCAAUUUCCUUCUUUCUCCUCUCACUACAUGAUUAUUAAUGUGCUUUUGCCUGCUGCACAUUAAAUUUAGUACCUUUAAUGUGAGGCUGCCAUAAUGUGCAGUAGUGAAAGUAGCGAUGCUAAAUGCUCAGUGGCCUAAUUUUACUGCGCAUAAGUGUUUUUGCCAUGAUGCUCAAAUGCAGCUUAAAAUAGGCUACUGUGCAUUAAAGUGCACAUGUAGACAUGCCCACUGUCUCUCAAGAGGAGGAAACAUCCUUUAUUCUUUGGCAUUAAGAAAACAAUAGCAAGGGGUACAAUUCUCCAAGAUUUGAAGGAAGAAAACUGUGUAUGGUUAUGGAACUGAGAGAAGGAGCACUAGCUCAGGGCCACUUUAAGAUUGGAGACAUUGUCUAAUUUUUAGUUUUUGGCAUGUGCUGAGUAGGAAGAGCAGGUAUGAACAUUAUACCUCUUGGCAGUGGUUCUGCACUCAGAACAGUGGCUUGUAGACAUGGAUUGUAUCACCAUCACUGACAUUUAAAAGACUUUAAGUAUAUAGUAUUAACCAUAAUUUGUAACUGAAAAAGAGGGGUGAAUUUUAUGCAGUGUAUAGUAGUAGAGAGAUUAUGGAUUAGGAUUGGUCCAUUCUUAUGACAGUUAACAGGAAACAUACUCAUGGUGUCAUCUGUUGUGCAUGUAAAAAUGUGUUCUAUGUGCUUCCUAUAUCUGCCUAUCACAAUCAUAUCUGCAUGAUUUCAGGUGGUCUGGUAAGCCUAUUUUAGCAACAUAAUAAGCACUACAAAAGUAGGUAGAAAGAAGCUAUUGUAUCAGUUAGAUAGAAAAUAAAUACAGGUCUUAAACUGCUGGUAGCACUUGACAUCUCCUCCCCUCACCCCUCUCUGUGAACCGUUCAAAAUGCAAUGCUAAAACUUUAUUGCACUUUGAACUUUCAACAUUUUUUCAAAGUAAUAAUAUUUAAAGUUAUUCUUGCCACGUCUUAUAUUUUUGAUUCACUUUCAUCUGAGUUGGAUUUUAUUUUUUUAGCAAAAAGCCCAAUGUCCUCAAAUAAAAAAAUAAGUUUGUAUAAAAAAAUAUGGAUAACAAAAUGGUUUGAAAUUAUAAAAGUUAUGUUACACAUUACCUGAUUUUUUUUGAAGUUUUGGCUCAGCAAAUCUUUUAUAACUACUAUUUUUUGUAAAGUAUAUUGGAAGAAAUUUUGUCACUUUUGUGAAGCUCUAAUCUUUAGUUUUCAUCCAGGUUGCACAGCAGGCACCAUGCAAAACCUAUCAAACACAAGAUAGGCAAUUCCCAUGUAAGACAUGUUUUCCAGCCGGAAUCUCUGCUGUAUACCAUAGGAAAAAUCAUACAUGUUGUGGAAGAAGUUCAAAAAACAAUCUACAACUGUGUUAGUCUCUUAAUAAAGACUCAUAAUGUUAGUUGGCAAAGUUCAGUACAUACUAGCAAUAGAUUAAAACUUCAUGGCAUCUUUUUGCAAGCCUUUACAGCCUGAAAGCACGGCUUCUGGAACAACUUCAGACAGUAAGGGAUAUUAGAGCAUAGCAAAACUUGGAAGUAUUUUAUAUUUUUAUGCCUAGUUUAUAGUUUUUGCUUACUUGUACAGCAAUUUUUAAGGAUCCUACAGAUACACGUGUGUUCCUUUAUGUCACUAGGGAAAACUGUCAGCCACCACUCAUUUAAAUAAUACUGGCUUUUAAAAAGGAAAUGUGUAAUAGCAAGUGCAGCAUUCAAUUCAACUUAUAUAUAAAAAAGCAAAACAAAAAGAAAUGAAAUCAAACAAAAAGAGUUUUCUUUCCUCCAAGCCAUGCAAAGACUUGUGAGCAUUAAAACUGUAGCUCUACAUAGAAUUUUUUUCUAAACAACUGUCAGAGAGCUGUUAAUGAAAACUGCCAUUAGUCAGGAAUGUUUAUGGUCAUCAGCCUUCAGGCUAGGUUUGUCAAAGGGAUAAUACAUGGUUACCUAAAAAAAGAGAAAAGAAACACUUUACAACUAAAUAGCAUUUUUAUACUUAAUUUAUCUACUUUGAAAAUGUAAACUGGCCAUUGCAAUCUUUCAAGGCUUAAAAAAGCUGUCACAUAUAUAGCAUGCCUGUGUGCUAAACCUGUAGGGGUGUAUUCUGAUUCUGUAUAAAAUACUAUGUAAUGUUUGGCAUUCCUAGCUGUGCCAACCAGAAAGCCACUGAUGUUAGCUCCAGAGAAAGGCCUGGAAUACCAAAUGAUUUCAUGGCAGCAAAUGUAAAAGUGACACAAGGAAACAUUAUUUUCAUACAGCAGGUAAUUGGGCUAUGGAAAUUGUUGAUGAAAGGCUGAGCUUCACAGGAUAUAAAAGAGGAUCAGAGAUUUUUAGGAGUAAUAGGAACAUCCAAUGCAUAAUAGUAAAGAUUAAAAAAAUAGCCAGUAAUUUUAAACAGAAACCACACAGAGGCCAAGUACAGACAUUUUUAUUGAUAUAACUGCUCAGAAAUCAGUCAAAACCUGUAACAGUAUAGAAGUUCAGUGCUUUUAGACUGGUUUGAAAAUGGUGGAUUCUGGUGUAAGAUUGACCUGGAUCGAUGUAGUAUCUGACUUAAGCAAUUUAGGUUAGAUGGGUAUAUUGAAUAUCUGUACCAGAACCUCUCCCAACUCGUUAGGUCACAGUACCCCAGCAUCCCAGGCUCCCUGCUAACCUCCCCCUUGAAGGGAGGAUGUCAGUGGUAUCUGGGUGGUGGGGGAAGGGGAGUGGAGGCCCCUGUCAUGUGGCCCCCCAGCUGUGCUGGUUUGGGUCUGGGGGGACUGGGGCCAGGGCCAUGCCUGUGUGGCAGGGGCCUCUGCUCCCUUCCCCUCUUGCUACUCAGCUUGCCUUACAGCCACACAGCUCCUAGCCCUGUGUCCUGCCUGCUCCUGUCAGGCAGGCUGGGGAGCAGGGGGAGGAGAGUGGAAGCCUCUGCUGUGUUGGGCCUCCCCAGCUGUGCUGGCUCAGGUCUGGUCUUUCCCUUCCCUGUCUGCUACUUAGCCUGCAUGGCAGGCAGGCAGGACAUGGGGCUGGGAGACACAUAGCUGUCAGCUGGACCUACAGAGGCCCCCAGCAUGUAGACAGCCCCUAGUCCCACCAGACGUGAGCCAGCACAGCUGUGGGGGGACAGGCCUGUGCAGCAGGGGCUUCUGUUUCCCCUCACUGACCAACUCGGGCACAGUUACAUGGUUCUCAGCCCUGCAUCAUGCCUGUCCCUGUGACACAGAGCACUGAGGUGCCCUGUUCCCAAAGAGGGGGAAAACUGCUAGGGAGAAAGCCCUAGCAGGGAAUAAGGAGCCCAGCUGUGGGUUGCCAGGGCAACCAGGGAAGGUCAGCUGACCAGAAGGGGCGGGGCCUGGCUCCCUUAUAAACCCUAGGGGCUGGGGCUAAAGGUAGUUCCCUGCCAGCUGCCAAAGAGGAAGGAGCUCUCUGCCCUGGGGGAGAGGGGCAACCUGAUGCAGGGGAUGCAUCUGAGAGUUAAAGGGUCACUGGUAGGACUGAAUGUUGUUUGGGCUGGUUGGCUUCUGUUUUUGUUAUAGCCGAAGGGCUUGUGUUUACGUUGUUGUUUGUGACUGGUGGUUUGGGAGAGGCUAUUAGGGGUUGGAGGAGGCCUCAUAGGGAGCUCACAGAGGAGUGUGAGGACCCCAGUGCCAGUGAGGCAGCAGCGUUGGGGGUGCAUAGACCCCAGCCCUAGAGAAGGGCAGUUGAGAAUCCCCAGAGAGGGGGCAUUUACUGAGAGACCCCAGUGAGGGUCUGGUGAGCCCUAGAGAGGGGGCGGCCUUAUUGAGAAGUCCAGUGUGGGCAUGUUGAGCCCAGAGAGGGUGGCUUGACAGAGAAGGCCCUGAAAGAGGGUGGCCUGACAGAGAAGGCCCAGAGGGGGGCAGCAGUAUUGAGAAGCGCCCUGAGAGGUGUCAAAAGCCCCAGAGAAGGGGGCAGUUACUGAGAAGCCCCAGUGCAGGCGUAGUGAGCCCCGGAGAGGGGGCGGCACUACCGGGGAGCCCCAGAGAGGGGGUAGUUGCCAAGAAGCCCCAGAGGAGGGGGCAUUAUUGGGGGAGCCCCAGAGAGGGGGCAGCAUAACUGAGGAGGCUCAGAGAGGACAAAAAGGGCGUAAUUAGGAACAACUAUUCCAUUGGCGAGGUGUGGACUGUGGUGUAGGGGAGGAAACGGUGCCGCAGAUAGCGCCCCCUGGCAGCGGGGCAGUACAAGGGCAGCCUCCUGCUAAUUAACACCAAUUAAUUAAUUAACAACAAGGUGUGGCAGGCUAGUAGGUGGGCGGUUGCCCCCAGGAACAGGUGUGCGGGCCACAUUUGGGUUGGCCCAGAUUGUGUACCUGUCACACCCUGUUAGGCAGGUUAGGUGAGGUGGGGAGUGAGGCUUACACCAUGCUGACUGGCCCUCACCCCCCCCUCCCCCAGAUCCAUCCUCCUGGCUGCCACUGACAGCUAGCCACUGGUGGAGUGGGGCUGAGGAAAGGGUCCCUACCAGGCAACCAGAGGUGGCUGGCUACUUGGCUGAGCUCUGCAUUUUCCAGCAGCCUGCUGGGAGGUGUGCGAGAAUGCCCUAACCUGCUGGCCUCAGCCAGUGCAGGUAGUCUGCGUGCCCCACCACUGAAGGGUGAAUGUGUGCUCUGUUUGAUCCCAACCUAACCUAGGUCACUUGGAGUAAAGCACAACAUUUAGAUCACUUUUUCCUUGGGUUUUUUGAAUGUCUGUACCUGGCCAGAAGCUAUCACACUUCUAUUAAAGAGAAAAUAGGGAGAAUCUUUUGCCAUAUAAUGCCUUAUUACCUGGCCUCUGGGAAAUGAUGCAAUGAUCUAACCAGGUUUAUAUUGAAGCAGGAGGAAUGCAGCUGCAGGGAACUCCACCAUACCUUUCUCAUACUGGGGUCUCCCCAGUCUGGGGAAGAUAUGGAGGAAGCUUAGGGUGGCCAUCAUAGAGGACAUUCCAGUUUUCUGCAACUCUGUCCUCUGCCCUCCAUUGAUUUGAAACCUGAUGCCUUUAUGUCCUUUAUUUUUUCUUGAAGAGAAAAAUAGAGGACAUAAAGGCAUCGGGUUUUGAAUCAAUAGAGGACAACCAGACUGUCCUCUAUGAUGGCCACCCUAGGGAAGUUGCAGGAGGAGUCUAGCAGAAUCAGCUGGACACCUCUCAAUCAUAGAGCAGUCAAGAAUACCGGUAUUCAUUCUAGCAAGAGAAUCUCUCACAGGGGAGAUCUUCCAGAUCUUCUUCACAAGAAACUGAGUGCCUGUAUGCUGACAAUUUCUACCAGGAGAGUGGUGAUUCUCCCAGUAGAAACGUAGGCCAUGUCCAGAUAAGCGCAGAUGUUUAAUUCCUGGGGAGAAGUAGCAGUGGUGCACCUUCCACCGCAGCUACUUGUCCCCAGGGAACACCCAUGCCAUGCGUACUCUGGUGCAUGGCAAGUUACCUUGGGAGUGGUAGGGGAGGCUGAGGCCAGUACUGUGCUGGCCCCAGCAGCCUUACCUGGGGUUCUGGGGGUCUCAUGGGGCUGCACAAGUGGCAAUCCUGCCUGGCAGAGCCUGGAUGGCAGCCACAACACAACUUCAGGUGGCCCAGCUCUGCUUUUCAGUGGCAUGCACUGCCUGUGUGUGCACAGUGCCACUUUUCUUUUCCCCAUGGGUUUUUUGACAGCUGGAUAUCCUUUCUCUAGCAUUAUAGAUUUUUUUUUCCUGUGAGUUUUUUGGACUCCUGCAUAUCCAGGGGUAAAAAAGCAGUGCAGUGCAUGCAUGGGCAGUGCACCUUUGCAGUGCAGAGAACACCUGACUGUGUGGUAUGUGGGGCUGCAGAAGAGUUUGCAGUACCACAUACUACAUGGCUAUGCUCAUCUGGAUGCACCCAUAAUGUCUGUAUGUGGCCUACGUAUCUGCUACACUAAGUUGGAGUGAUCAGGGUCUUCUUACAUAUAGGCUAAGUGCAGGUAGUCAAAAAGCCUGAAGCUGAAUCGAUUCAAUCUUCUCAGGUUAGUCAAAACUGAGUAGAUUGAAUGCAUAAGUAGGUGAACAGACAUUCACUUUUGAUUCCAUACAUGCAGCCACAUGCUUGUAGUGGCCCAGGCUAGUAGCCAGAAGCACUAGACAAUGACUUCCUGCUUAGCUGGUGCAGAAAACGUGGACAAAAGCUAGCCCACCCUUCCCAUAAGAAGGGUUUUGCAGGAUAGGUACAAAACAUCCUGGGAUGUUGGAGGACUGGAAUCCUGAGAUGCUGGAGGGAAUCUGUGACAAAAGUUCAAUAAGCUAAUUUAACCUAAAUCAGUUAAAUCUGAUAAUACAUCCAUCCAGGUUUAUUUUAAACCAAUUUCAGCCAUUUUGAAAGCAGUUUAUAUGCAAUGAACUUCUGUUGUGUUUACAGAUUUGAACCAAUUUGCAGCCAUUUGUACUAGUUUAUGUGUAAUUUCUUUCCCUAGCCAUAUUGGGUUUUCAUACCCUCCUCCAAUCUUUCUCUGUAAAUUAACAUCUAUAAAUGCAUCCACACAUGCAAGCGUGUGUGCUUUCAGCAGCUCCAGUAGAAGCAGUGGAAAUUUGAACUAGGGCUUUUUGCCUCAGCACACGUGCCUGGACAUGCACUUCAGUGUGGGACAAAUUGUGCCACUUGGGGCAAAAUAUCCAUGCCUAGCUCGUUCCAGAUCUGUAGCCAGGGGGAGCUAGAGCCUGGGGCCAGCACCUGUGCUGGCCCCAGCAGUAUAAAAACCUGCCCUAGCAAGCAGCUCAGAGCUACUCUUUCUCAGGAGCUUCUGGGGCCCAGCCAAUUGGUAUUUGGGGACAUUAGCCCCUUGUGUCAGCUGGACUACUGGACAGCAUCCCAAAUCCAUUUUUUAAAAUACCCCAAAAUCCAUGUUCUUCCACAAUUAGAACAAAAGACCACUACACUCUCUCUCUCUCUCUCUCUCUCUCUCUGUAUAUGGUGUGUGUGAGAUAUCAGUUGGGCAAUACUUUAUUGAUAUAUUUACAAUUUUAAAUCAAUUUGGAAGCCUACCAUUGUCUCCACCAUAAUAAUAAAAUAAAUUCUAAAUAUC